GAGUGACCAAACAAAUAGCACAUGUUGCUGGAUUUUUAUUUUCUUAAAUUAUGAAAAUAUUGUAGUUUAAAAUGAGUAAGUUGUACGUGCUUUAUGAGCAUAGUGCGGGCUUCGCCCUAUUUCGUGUGGCGGAAUUUGAAGAGUUGUCUGCAUUUUUGCCUCAAGUGGAAGAGUCUGUAACGGAUCUACAACGCUUCAACUCAGUAGUCACCCUGAUAGCAUUUCAACCGUUCAAGUCUGCAAUUAUAGCAUUGGAGAAUAUAAAUGCUAUAUCUGAAGGUAUUUUGCCAGAGGAUUUAAACUUAUUCCUGGAAGGAGCUUUACCUAAACGAAAGAAAAGAAGCAAAUGCACACUAGGAGUGCUAGAUCCAAAGUUAGGGGCAGCAAUUAGUGAAGCUCUUGAAAUACAAUGCUCGCACACUGGUGCAGUUCCAGAAAUAUUAAGAGGCAUACGCCACCAUUUUCACGCCCUGAUCAAGGGGCUGACUCUGAAGGCAUGCAGCGUGGCUCAGCUCGGCCUGGGGCACUCCUACUCCCGUGCCAGGGUAAAGUUCAACGUCCACCGAGUAGACAAUAUGAUCAUACAGUCCAUAGCUCUGCUGGACCAACUGGAUAAGGAUGUCAACACUUUUUCUAUGAGGAUCAGAGAAUGGUAUUCAUACCACUUCCCGGAGCUGGUGAGCAUCGUUCCAGAAAAUCACUUGUACACAAAAUGUGCCGAGUUCAUCAAAGAUCGCAAGACACUCUCUGAAGAGUCCGUGGAGACGCUUACGGAGAUUCUAGGUGACUCCGAGAAAGCCCAGGCCAUCAUCGAUGCAUCCAAAAUGUCUAUGGGUAUGGACAUUUCACCUGUGGACUUAAUCAACAUACAAAUGUUUGCGGGGAGAGUGGUCGCCCUCGCUAAUUAUAGGAAGCAAAUAGCGGAGUAUUUGCACACGAAAAUGAAUUCUGUCGCUCCAAAUUUAACGACACUAGUUGGUGACCAAGUGGGCGCCCGUCUCAUAUCCAAGGCUGGCUCUCUAACCAGUCUCGCCAAGUACCCGGCUUCAACUCUUCAGAUCCUGGGUGCUGAGAAAGCCCUCUUCCGUGCCUUGAAGACCCGUUCGAACACACCCAAAUACGGUCUGUUAUACCACUCUACGUUCAUCGGGCGCGCCGGACUCAAGAACAAAGGUCGGAUCAGUAGAUACCUCGCCAACAAGUGCUCCAUAGCCAGUAGGAUAGACUGCUUCUCAGAGAGUCUUACAACAAUAUUUGGUGAGAAGUUGCGCCAACAGGUAGAGGACCGUCUCAAAUUCUACGAGACAGGUGACAUUCCUAAGAAGAACAUAGAAGUAAUGAAGGAGGCAAUGGAAGAAGCCAACCAGGCGGCUGAGGAAGCCGCCGCCAGUGCCAAGAAGAAGAAAAAGAAGAAGAAGAAGAAGGAACAGGAAGCCAUGGACGAAGACUAGGUGUUACAUACAAAGUCUAUGUUUCUAUAUUGAAAUAAAAUUUUCUCUAUGCA